AUGUGUACCGGUACGUGUUGGGUUUACAAGUGCAGCCGAUGCGGCGGUACUAUCCUCAAAGACACCAGCAUCUCGGGGCACACGUGCAACGCCGCGCGACGGAACAGGAACCGCGGAUGCUGCCGUACAGGCGUCGAGUAUAUGUUUUACGACAAGGAUUCCGACGAGAUGUGCGGGCUGUGCGAGAUCACCGAGGAGUUAAAUAUGAUCAACGCCGAAUUCGAAUCCGACUACGAGUCCUGUGCUAGUAGCAUUUCUGGAGAGUACGAGUCUUGCUUUAGUGGCGUUGUUGGUGGCGGCAAGGAUGAUGAGAAUGACGAUGACGAUGAUGAGGGAGGCGUCUCGUUGAGUGAGAACGAGGAUACGAAUGGUGAUGGUGGGGAUCCUAUCAAGGAAAAUGAAGAUGCCAAGAUAAGUCCUCAACAGUGUUCCGAAAAUUGCUAA